AUGGUGAUUCAUAUUUAUCUUAAUUUAGGCAAUAUAUCUAAUAUCGAGUUAUGCCAGGAACUCAAGACAUUAGCAAAUAGCCGACUAUCCGAGACGCUAUUUAUUUUUGACGAUAUCUGGAAAAAGGAUCAUUACAAAUACUUAUCUUUUGCCAAGAAGUCAAUCUCUACUUCACGAUUUAAGUAUCUAGAAAAUGAGCUCGACCAUCACUGCAUCCGUUUACCGGAAAAACUAACGUAUGAUGAAGCUAUAGAACUGCUUGCGUUACUUGCCGUUAACGAUAAUGAUCAGACAUUGCGUCAAAAUCCAGUUGUCAAGAAUGUUAUCGACAGUUGUCAAGGUUUACCAUUAGCUAUCACUUUAAUUGGUGGUCUUGAUUUAAAAACUGAUGAAGAGUGGAAUAAAGCAAAGGAUAUCAUUGCCAAAAAGUCUGCAGAUAUUGAAUUAGCUCAUUACGGUUUCAAUCUAUACGGGACUUUACAAUUAAGUGUUGAUACUUUAAAUGAUGAGAUUAGACCAUUAUUUGAGCAACUAGCUGUAUUUAAGCGAGUCGGUAUUCCUAUUCAAUCUGUUGCAUCGUUAUGGAACUACGAUGAAAUCGAAGCUCGGAAUCUCGUAAAGAAAAUGCAUAACAAAUCAUUACUUACAUAUGAUAAAGAAAAUACUUGCAUGUCGAAUAAGCUAUCAUAUAUCUGCUUUAUGUUAAUUUUGCACGAGUGGAUCGUUUACGAUCUCGAUAAAAAUGAAGAAAUAAGCUUUGCCCAAAACGAUCAAGGGGAAGACGUUAAGACUGACUUUGAUUCCGUACAAUUUUGCCCUGCUCAAUCUCAAACCCAUGUUAUUAUGACACUCUCUGGAGAUUUGUGUGAAGUUAGGAUUUGGAAGAUUGAGGGAAAUUGCAUUACACCUACAAAUAAGCAAAUAUCAUGCCAAUACGACAUAGAAUAUUGUCGAUGGGUACUAAUGCAAGAUAGUGUUUGUGUCUUGUUGUGGUGGAGAAAAUAUCAAAGUGAAGGAGGGGAGUAUAAAAACUAUGAACCUGACGAUCCGGAAAAUUGGAUUAAUGAAUGUCAAAUUGAAAUGUGGAAUGCACAGGAACGGACUUGUCGAUCAUUCAAAGUACCUGCUUUCAUCCAUGCAAAGGAUGAUGGUCGGUACUUUGCUACCAAUGAUUUUCAACAUGGCUUGCCCUUAAGGUUUAGAAGUAAAAGUACAACAAUUGGUCUGUUAAAAAUGGAACAAGCUAUCGAAUUUGAAAAUCAGUUUCGGCCAAUACAUGUUGGAAACGUUAAGAAUAUUUUGAUAUCAGGCGAUCAGUCAAUGAUCGCUAUUGACUGUUCUUAUAAGAAACUCAUACUCAAAAUGAGUGGUGAUCAAGUCCAAUCUCGUGCUAGAGUUGAUCAAUCUGGUCGAUCAAUGUUUAUUCCUGGUAGUAAUCGAUUGCUUAUUUAUGGCUUACAUAAUGUAUAUGAAUAUAGUUUACAAGGCGAUAAAAUUGCUUGGCAAGAUAUCUCUCAAACAAAAUCAGUUGAUGUUGGUAGACCCCAACGUAACCCCCAAACUACCGUCAACAUAUUCGACCUGAUCGAGUUUGUAGGUAUAGAAGAUUGUAGAAAGUACAGGGAAUUAAUCAAUGGAAUACUUGAAGAAGAAUCGACUGCUAAAGAUUUGAUACGCUUCAGAUAUAGAAAGAAGGAUAACACACUCAUUCUCUUUCCUAUAUUCUCCUCAAAAGCAAGGUGGAUAAUAACUGUUAACCUUACGACCGGAAAGAAGAGCGUUAAUCGACUGACAUUGAGUCAUGGUGCUCGUGUUGUGUAUGUUGAUGAUGAUUAUCUUUAUGUUUGGGAAAGAAACAAAGAUGAUAGACGUAGCUUGAAAUGUUACAAGUUUGGGGAUGGUGAAUAUCAAUUACUGCAAAAUAUUGACUACCAAGGGGAGGAAGGAUUAAUCUGUAAAAUAAUGAUGAAUUAUAACCCUCAUAAGAUUGAACAUUCGCCUCUUCGGAUGAAGAAAGAAAAAUUAGUUGAUGUAUGGGGAGAGAAAGAUGCCGAAAUGAUUGCUAAUGCAAUGGGUUAUGUCGAUCUUUUGCUACUACUGGAAAAUGGAGACCAUAUAGCAAUACUCAACGAAAAUGGACAUUUACGCAUGAAAAGAUACAAAGACAAUAUCAAAUACUUCGAUAGUUUAGCACAAUUCUUCAACCAUGAAAAUCUAUGGUCGGACAAGCAGUUAAUCCUAUAUGAAAAAUACUCUAGUUUGAAUAUUUAUAACCCCCAAACACUACAGCUACAAAUCACUCUACCAUUCCCUCACUUCCGGAUAUGGGACAUGCAAUGGAAUCUUCAACACUCUCAACUCAUCAUCAGGAGUAGAAAGGAUUACAUUCGGAGUGAUCAGGAUUACUGCUUAGUAACCCACGUGAAAAAGACAUGA